AUGAGCCCAAGCCACAACUUUGAAGAAAUGUACUUAGUGUUAUAUGGUGCAAGUGCAACCAAUAAAUACCAUGGUGCCAAGUAUGAUGUCAUAAAACGUUGGUUCGAAGAAUGUAAAAUAAUAGAUAACGUAGCUGUCACGGAGAGAUUUUUUGAAAUAACCUACAGCAGAGUGAGGGUUAAUAAAGAAGAUUUGACCCAAUCACAGUUUGUGAUUUUUCUUUGUCUUUUGGCAAGAGAAGCACGUAAAGACAUUGAUGAGUUUUUUACAAAGUUUCACUGUAUUAAGGAUAUGAUUAUUGAAGAGAUAAGACGGAAUCCUCGCUGUGACAGUAAUAAAAAAUCAGAAUACAACACUUGA